AUGACAGGAGAAUUAUACACGAUCCCAUUUUCGCACUACUGCGAGCUUGCCCGCUGGAGUCUUCAAGAAGCCAAGGUCUCCUUCGUGGAGUACCCCUACCUGCCGGGCGUCCACACCUUCUUCGGCCCGAUGGAGCGUAUCCGAAAGCGCCGAAGCGGUGGUGAGAGCACCGGGAAAGGUCAGGGGACACCGCUGUACCUCACCAGUGAUGGACAGAUCUUGGAUGAUUCCUGGCAAAUCCUAUCGCUCACUGGACUCACUGGACUCCCCGUGUCGGAGGACAUGAAAGCACUGCUCAACUAUCAGAUUGGGCCUCAAGUCCGAAGCAUCGUUUAUGCGGAUCUUCUGCGUCCCGAGAAGGGCUGCCCGGUCUCCUGGUGGCAGCGGGGGCUCUGGAGUCUCGGCGGCUUCCGCCGGAAGGUUUCGUCGGUGAUGAAGCAACAGAUGGUGGGGGAUGAGGAGCGACAGGCUAAGACCUUGAAGGAUUUCGAGGAGGCCAUCGAGAAGGUGGAAGCAGAGCUCUCCAAGCCAGAUGGUUGUUUCCAAGGAGCUCCCAAUGAACUCACUGCUUCAGCCCUGGCUUUGGCCGCCCUCUUCGCGCCAGCGGUGUGCCCGGCGGAGUACACCGGUGGUUUCGUGCCGGAGAUCAAACCAGAGACCUUCUCGGAGGCGCACCAGGAGCGGAUCCGCCAGUGGCGACAACGGCCCAUUGGGCAGUUUACCCUGGAGCUCUAUCGCCGGCAUCGGAUGCGCUGUGUCUCGCGCUCAUGA